GCUAAAGGACAGACGUUUACAAAAAAAAUAAUAUCACAAAAAAAAAAUUUCGGAAACAAAAUACAAUUUAAUAUUAUCUCAUUAUUACAACACUACUGAGCAACCUUUUGAAUCAAUAACUCAAUUUCAAUUGAGAAGAAAAAAAGCAAUCAAAAUUUAAAUGGAAAGCUUGGAUACGCAAGAGUGUGGUGGAUAUAAUGUGCAUUUUUUGCAUGAACUUUUAGACGAAUAUGAAUGCCCUGUGUGUAAAAUGGCUCUUCGUGAACCAAUUCUAACACUGUGUGGUCAUCGACUUUGUUUUUCAUGCUCAGAAGAAAUAAAAAAAAGAAAUAAUGGAGUUUUAAUUUGCCCAUUAGACAAAACCAUUUUAAGUUCUGAGAAGGUUUUUCCUGAUAAAUUUACUGAAAGAGCGAUUCUGCAAUUAAAAGUUAAAUGUGAUAACUUUUUGAAAAGUUGUCAAUGGACCGGAGAACUAAAAAAAGUUAAUAACCAUUUAACCUCUUGUGAAUAUGAAGAGAUAAAAUGUCUCAAUGAACAGUGCACUACUUCACUUUUGCGUAGAGAACUAAGUGACCACAUGGAAAAGUAUUGCAUUUAUCGUUUGGUUACCUGUCAAUAUUGCAAACAAAAGAUUAUUUUUUGUGAGAACCAAGUUCAUGUGGAAAACUGCGAAAAUUUACCUCUUUAUUGUGUAAAGGAAUGUGGAAUGAAAGUUUUGCGUAAAGAGAUGUCUUUCCAUAUUACUAGUAUUUGUGCUAAUACACUGAUUCCAUGUCAAUAUUUGAACAUUGGAUGCAAUUUCAAGGGAACGAGAAAAGAACAAGAUACUCACGCCAUUUCUUCAACGCAAAGUCAUCUUUUAAUGGCAAUAUCAAAAGUGGUUACGCUUGAAAAUAAAAUUACAUCAACAAUGAAUACAUUUGAACAGAAAAUUACCUCAAAAGUUGAUGCACUUGAAAAUAAAAUUAUGUUAGUUGAGAAAGAAUUAGAAAGAAAAAGGGUCAUUUUCAAAAAUGAAAAUAAUCAUGAAGCAACGGAAUCGGUAAGAAAAUGA